AUGAUCAUAGACUACUAUGUUAUUAAUGACCCCGAGACCGUGGAACUUGGCAUAACUCUAAGGUCAGCGAUAGCAGGCUUUUUCUAUAAGGAUAAUACAGACGCGCUCAGUACAAAAGAGAAAUUAGCCGGACUAAUUGAAAUAAGUCAGAAGACCAAAGGGCCAGAUCCAUUAGCGAAUGUGCUUCCUCGACUUGUGGAAGAACUCACACCAAGUCGUAAACGGAAACGUAGCAAGAUAUCUGGGAGUCAACUUCGAAAACGAUUGAUCACUAUAGAAGAAAGCAAUGAAGUCGACUUUGACGCCAUUCGAGGUAACACAUUUUGUCGUAUAAUAUACAACCCUGUUGCAUCUUUUCCUAAUUUGGGGUUACUGCUUCCGACCACAGUGUUUGUUAAAUGGUAUAACUAUCCUGAGCAGGCUCAAGAAAAUUUUCCAGAUAGAGAUAGUUACUAUGACAUGUACGUCAAUGAACUUGAAAUUAAUGAGAUACUUGCAAGUUCUCCCUUUGCUGCAAACUUCGCAAAGAUUAUAGUAUCUGGAUACUGGAAUGGUAUUCCAAGCCAGCCGAUGCAUAUACUUGAAGAUUUGGGAGAAGAAAUGCAAUCUACUGAAUGUGAUAAAUGUAAGGUGCGUAAGUUAAGGAGAGGCUCGCGGAACUUCAUCUGUUGGGUAUUUCGCAUAAUGAUAUUAGACUCGACAAUAUACAUUUUUCAAUAUCGGGAAGGGUCACUUUGA